AUGGAGCUGGAGCUUGAGCUGGAGCUGGAGCUGGAGCUGAAGCUUUGCUGUCGCGAUUCACGAUCCAUGGUUCAUCUGCGGUUCGAGAACGGGCAGAGCUCCAGAAGCUUGGGGCAGGGAGCUCGUGCAGGGCUCCAGGGCCCCAGCAUCGUACCGCAUGGCACCUCAUAUGGAUUACAUAAUAGGCAGCUGUCAGCUCCCUGCGCAGAGGACCAUCCGUGCGCUGAAUGCAACGUCGAGGACUGUCCAGUGAGUGAGGCCACCUCCGCUGCUCCGCUGCUUGAAAUCGGCCUCGGCUCCGGCCGCCUGGGUGCGCCAGGUGGGCUUGUCCGAACCCCAAGCUGGAAGGUGGUGGUGGUUCGCAUGACAGUCGCCAACGUGGACUAA